AACAAACAUGGCGGCGGCCGCUGAUGGAAACACGACCGUGACCGUAGAAGAAGAAGCAGAAAGGGACGAAGAGGCCAAAUUGCGGAUAUUAAAAGGUGCAGCGUUUCUCACCACGGUGGCGUCUGCAGGGAUGAUGGCCGGAUUCGGCUCCACGUUGGCUCUGGCCAAGAAGAAGAGCCCAGGCUGGUUCAGUAAGGGCGUAGCAGCGACGGCGGCGGCCCCAGAGAGCGGAGCGUCUGUGGCCCUCAGGGCUCUGGGUUGGGGGUCUCUGUACGCCUGGUGUGGAGUCAGUCUGCUCAGCCUCACAGUCUGGAAAGUCCUCGGAGUUCACAGG